AUGGAACGCCGUGUCGGCACCGUCGUGAAGAGACACAGUCUGGUACACCGCUGGUCAGCCGAUUCGUGGAACGUCGUAUCGGCAUCGUCUAAACGAGGCUCCGCCUGGUACGCCUUUGGUCAGUCGGUGGGAUGGAUCUUCGAAUCGGCAUCGAUGACACGCCUCCAUCUGGUGCACCGUAGGAGACCGCGGGCUUACGGCGAUAUCGUAAGCCAUUGGCAAAUUCGAGUCGUUCUUCCACUGCCAAGAAAAUCUUGUGGCCCACAGUGGAGUUCGGCCGCGUCGGCACAUAAAGCAGCCCUAUUCAGAGGAGCACUGCUUCUCUUCGGAGGGGGCCCAAAUAAGCUGGCCUAAAAACUGCUGGGAAACCACGUCGUCUGCAGGCUGACCGUGGUCGCAGAUGAAAAACUCACGGUCGAAAAACCAAAAUCGAAAUAACAACCACAGCGACACUACUCGCUCUCCUCAUCCUACCUCUUCUUCCUUUUCCUCUGCCUAUUCUUCUCCUCCACCAUCUUCUUCUCCACCUCCUUCCCGCCGCACCUAUCGUCGCCAGACUGGCAGGGUGAAUCCGCCCACUCUGGCUACACCUUCUUCUGUAGCGGCCGCCCCAGGGCAGAGCGACGAGACGCGGACGUCGCCUUCGCCAUUCGGAACGACAUCGUGGGACGACUGCCCUGUUUGCCGCGGGGCAUCAACGAUCGCCUGAUGAGCCUCCGUCUGCCUCUCUGGGGAGACAAAUUCGCCACCAUCAUCAGUGCCUACGCUCCGACGAUGACCAACCCCGACGCCGUCAGAGACAAAUUCUACGAGGACCUGCACGUCCUCUUGACGACUGUGUCGAAGGCGCACAAGUUGAUUGUCCUUGGUGACUUCAACGCCCGCGUUGGCACAGACCAUGCAGCCUGGAGAGGAGUGCUGGGUCCCCAUGGUCUCCAAGGCACAAACGACAAUGGUCUGCUUCUCCUUCGCACCUGCGCAGAACACCGCCUCAUUCUGACGACCACCCGAUAUAAUUUGCAUCAAAGAAACACGGGCAAAUGA